GGCAUGUGCCCUGACUGUGACCUCCUGGUUCAUAGGUCACUGCUCAACUACUAAGCCAUGAUGGCUGGGCCAGAUUUGUCUAUAUUUUAGAAAAUUAUUGAAUGCACUUAAAUAGCUGGCUAUUUUAGCAACAUCACAUUUUUAAUCACAAUAUAUUUUUAAAAUAGUUUUCCCGUAUCUAUCAGCAAUUGUUUCGGCUGUGAGUAGACUACAAGUUUACCCCAGCAUAUUUUUCUUACUCUUAAACAAAAGCUUUCUACAGUAAUUUUCUUUAUCUCAGUCCUUACAGAUCUGUCUGCACAUAUACAUCUAUUGCUAAAGUGGGGUGGGAAAUGUUGAAAUCAAAGUAUUGAUUUUUAAAACUUGUUAGUAACUGGUGGCUUGACAUAGUUGUAAUCUUUUUUUAAAUAGUAGUUUGAAAUAAUUUUCCCUUAAAGUCAAUUUGGUCCAGCAUCUGUAAUUCACCAGGGCUAUGUAUCAUGUUCUCCAGUACGAUGCUUGUAUCAAACCUCUCUCCUGCAACCCAGCCAUCCUGGCUCAGUGGUUGAGUGUCCAUCUAGGAACCAGGAGGUCACAGUUAGAUUCUGGGUCAAGGCACAUACCCGGGUUGUGGGCUCAAUCGCCAGUAGGGAAGUGCAGGAGGCAGCCGAUUAAUGAUUCUCUCAUCAUUGAUGUUUCUCUCCCUCCCUCUUCCUCUCACAGAAUCAAUAAACACACACACACACACACACACACACACACACACACACACCCCACAAAAACAAAAGCAAAAACUCCCAUUUGCAGUGUCGCAGUAGGUGUUUAAUCUUCCAUGUACGUGUGCAUACUUCCAGCCUUAGGACUUUGUGGAUUUUUAAGCAUUAACAAUUUAGGUGGUAGAGAUUAUGGAAACCAUCUGUCAAAGGCAUGUGUAAUGCCACCGUUUACACACAGUGAGUGGACUCCCAUUAGGCGGGGACAGGUGAGUGUGGAUCAAUGAAGUCAGCGAAGCCGCUUUACGCAUAGGUCUGUGCUUGGGAGGAACCCAGGGGCUUCUUCCUAGAGCAGAACUCAGGGGCUGAAGCGCAAAAGAAGAGAACUGCGGAACCCCGGCUCCGUAGAGCUGUGCCGCGUGGUAGCCGGUCGCUGGCCGCGGUGCUGAACACUCUCCCGGGGUGCCCCCAGGUUGGCCGGCUGAAAGAGCCGCGGUGGGUUGGUGAGUUCGCCCGCAGCCUCCAGCCACAAGUCUUCAAAGGUUGACUCCUGGUUCUGGGCAUGGGGGCCACAGCCUGCAUUCAGGGGAGUCACCUCGCGAGUGUAGGGGGGCCUCCGACCCAUUCCCACAGGGCGCAGCUCCUGCCCCUCAACAGCAACCCUAAUAAUAGCAACUCAGCUUAUAUUUAUCCUCACAACAUCCUAAAAACUUAAAAAGGCUGAUAAUUUUGCCCAGUUGAGCACAGCUACCCAAUGACUGAUCUCCCUCAAUCAAGCCUCAAAAAAUGUUUACUGCUACCCUCGACGUGUCAGCGGUCCAGCCUCCGCUCCUCCCCAUUCGCUGGCUUCACCUUCCUCCCACCGGCUCCUUUCCUUUUGCCCCUCCUUCUCUCCCGAGGUUUGCAUCAGACAAAAGUAAUCUACACAGCCUUUCCCCUACAACCGCCGAGUUGGAGGACUGUACCACGGACUGGGAUUCAGAACAGUUAGGCACACAUCUUGUCCCUUCGCGCUCAAUCCAAGUCUAGUCUCAGAGUGCCCAACUCGCUGUGUGACCUUGAACCAGUGGCCACGCGUUUCUGAGCCUGUUUCGCCCCUGGGACUACGUGAUGCUCUUUCCAGGUGCGCACCGGUCCCUUCUCCGGUCGGAACACUAACACUAGGUGCCGCUUUUUUUACUCCCUACCCCCAUCUUCCAAGUUCAGUUGGGCACGCUCGCUUCUCCCCACCGGGUCCAUAGCCAAUUCUACCCCUUGGUGACGGAGGACUCGGGUCUCGGCUACUGUAGGCAUUGUCCCCGCCGCCCCCACCGUCCCCGCCCCUACCCCGGUGUGACCAGCCCUCCGCGCCACGUUAGCCAGGCAGCGCCCAAUGCUGGGGAGGUUGCCCCUCGAGCUCCCGUUUCGCAGCGCCGGGUCUCCGAAGUCCCCACAUCCGGACGCUUGGGGAAGUGCGAGAUGCAGCUGGAGCGAGAACGCGAAGGCCAGGCUGGGCUGAGGGGGCUGCCCCGGUGACAGCUGCCUCCCUGCGCGCCCGCUCCGCCCGCGCCCUCUCUCGCGCCUACGGCGACCUCCUCCUGGACCAGCGGGUCCAUCUCAGCGCCGCCUUCCCCCGGAGCCAGGCGAGCGGAGCCGGCAGCAUGUGGAACGCGACGCGGACGGAGGAGCCGGGCCCCAACCUCACGAUGCCGGACCUGGGCUGGGACGCGCCCCCCGACAACGACUCGCUGGCGGACGAGCUGCUGCCGCUCUUCCCCGCACCGCUGCUGGCGGGCGUCACGGCCACCUGCGUGGCGCUCUUCGUGGUGGGCAUCGCGGGCAACCUGCUCACCAUGCUGGUGGUGUCGCGCUUCCGCGAGCUGCGCACCACCACCAACCUCUACCUGUCCAGCAUGGCCUUCUCCGACCUGCUCAUCUUCCUCUGCAUGCCCCUCGACCUCGUGCGCCUCUGGCAGUACCGGCCCUGGAACUUUGGCGACCUGCUCUGCAAACUCUUCCAGUUCGUCAGCGAGAGCUGCACCUACGCCACGGUGCUCACUAUCACGGCGCUGAGCGUCGAGCGCUACUUCGCCAUCUGCUUCCCGCUGCGGGCCAAGGUGGUGGUGACCAAAGGCCGCGUGAAGCUGGUCAUCCUGGUCAUCUGGGCCGUGGCCUUCUGCAGCGCCGGGCCCAUCUUCGUGCUGGUGGGCGUGGAGCACGAGAACGGCACCGACCCGCGGGACACCAACGAGUGCCGCGCCACCGAGUUCGCCGUGAGCUCGGGGCUGCUCACCGUCAUGGUGUGGGUGUCCAGCGUCUUCUUCUUCCUGCCCGUCUUCUGCCUCACCGUGCUCUACAGCCUCAUCGGCAGGAAGCUGUGGCGCCGGCGGCGCGGCGAGGCCGUGGCCACCUCGCUCCGGGACCAGAACCACAAGCAAACAGUGAAGAUGCUGGCUGUCGUGGUGUUCGCUUUCAUCCUCUGCUGGCUGCCCUUCCACGUAGGACGAUACUUGUUUUCCAAGUCUUUCGAGCCUGGCUCCCUGGAGAUUGCUCAGAUCAGCCAAUACUGCAACCUCGUGUCCUUUGUCCUCUUCUACCUCAGCGCCGCCAUCAAUCCCAUUCUGUACAACAUCAUGUCCAAGAAGUACCGGGUGGCAGUGUUCAAACUUUUGGGAUUUGAACCUUUCUCCCAGAGGAAGCUCUCCACCCUGAAGGAUGAAAGCUCUCGGGCCUGGACUGAAUCUAGUAUUCAUACAAGACCAAACACAUCGCUGAGCAGAGUCAUUGCUUACUACUCUGCACUGGAAACCAUAGCACAGCAGAACUUGGGAGGGAGUUGAAGGUUAACUUUGGAAUUGGGGAGAGAUAGGUCCGGAAACAGUUGGGAGGGAAGAAAAGAUAGAGUUUGUAGUGUGUGAGAGGUUUAAUUCGAUUGCACGCUCAUCCGUGCUCUCAUACAGGAUUUCUGCAUAUUCACUACCUGUGAUUUUGCAUUUUGCCGUUGGUGCUAGCAAGGGCUUUGCAAUUUGGAGAAAGGAGAAGGUGCAGAGAGGGCAAUUAGGGUAAUUCUUGCUGGAUAAAUACUAAAUCUGAUUUACUUUUUCAUAAUGAUAAAAAUUUGAUUAAAAGAAUGAAAUUAAACAUUUAAAACGUGAAUUUUUAAAACUAGUAAUUUUCAUAUCGCUCCAGAUCAGUGCUGUCCAAGAGAAAUAUACUGCAAGAUACGAAAGCAAUCAAUAUAAAAAUUAUUAAGAAUAAUUUUUUAAUGCAAAGUCUUUGAAAUCUGGUGUUUUACAUUUACAGUGCACUUUAAUUUGGACAUUAAGUUUUUACCAGUAAUACUUGCUAUAUUUAGAUUUCAUAAAAUUUGCAGAUGAGAAAAUAGAUUUAUAAACCUAAGUUGUUCAAAUACAUGUAAAAUUUUUCCAAUAACUGAAACUAUUACAAGUUUUACAAUGAAAAUGAAUUGAAAUUAAAAAUUCAAGUAUUCAGUGACAAAUGUGGCUAUUAGUUACUAUAUUGGCUAGUUCAGCUCUACAGUAUAUGUAAAAUUGUUGUUAACCUUACAAAAUGUUAAACAAUACUCAUUUCCUGAGGUGUUUUUAUUGCAAAAUAAGCAUUGCAGAGUUUUAGCAUGAUGAAUUCCCUAAAUAACACCUGAAUGCUCUAUUCAUGCUUGGAAGGAAGUGGAUAUGAAAUAUAAGAUGCAAAAAAAGUAAUAUAAUAUGCACAUUAAAGCUAGGUGAAUUAUAUGUGAUAAUAUUCAGGAAAUGAAACUUUAUAAAAUUAUAGAAAAUCACAAACUGCCUUAUUUGGUUUAACAAAAAUACUAAGUCAACCAUAAGGCUUUGAUUUGUGAAUAAAGGAAUAAUUUAUAACAGAUUCUGGGAAGCUUACAGGAACCUAAUGACCAUAGAAAAUUUUCAAAUGGUGAAAAAUUCAGAAUCCCUUAAAUGCUAUUGCUUAGUGAUAUCCAGGUUAGUUACUUCAUUCCUUAAGCUUACAGCUAUUCAUUUCAAAAUGCCUGUGCCACGUUCUGUCUUCAAAUUAGUCUCACUGUUUACAUCCCACUGCUUAUCGGAUAGAUGUGUGGACUUCCAGUCUCCUUCUCAAUCAUAAUGAUGAAUGAUUGCAUACCUUCAACUGAAUAUUGUACAUUUUAGUUAUAAAUGUAUAGUCAACUCUUUGCAUAUUAAAUAUAUUAUUCCAAAAAUGAUUUCUUCAUAGUCCUGUGCAGUACUAAGUCAUAUCAGCAAUUCCUACAUGAAAUUAUUGGUUCAACUAUGAAACUGAUUGAACCAUUUA